AUGGGUCUUCUUUCGAACCCGCUCCGGCGGUCCCAAGAGCAGCGUCUGCCGCUCUACCGCAGAACCGACUCACCGACAAAAGAGCGAUACUCUAACGACACCUAUUCAUCAUCAGAUGACGACUCGGAGAUAUCAUACUCCCCCUCAUCACCAUACUCAUCUGGAAAUGUGUCCGACGCUGCCCCCAGCCGGUCGCUCCUCCGGCCGAAGCGGACUCCACCACCCCCCAAGCGGAGACCUGCGAGCGUCUAUCCCUAUCGACUGCCAACCAAGGUCACCCGGUAUAUCUGCUUCGGCAUUGCUGGAGUCAUCCUCCUGAUGAUAUUCAGCCUGAUCAGGGCCAGCCAAGUCGAGAACUGGAAGGUAGCAAACGGCAAGAUCAACAAGGCGCCGCCACCCCCGCCGAUCUGGGAAAAGUUCCCGUUCCUCGAGAGAUACUACGGAGGGAUAAGAACGAUAAAGCCUUUUCGGGAGAGCAAGCCAGAGUACCCACGACCUAAUGAGCCGCUGGCGCUAGCUCGACCUGGCGAAGCGACCGCCGUCGAGGUUCAGGACACUGAGCGCCAUGACGAGUCCGACCAGAGGGACAUCCCCGCCAGCAAGCCCUGGACAGAAUACCCGAAUCGAAGCAAGGAAUCCAACAUGCAAGAGUGCUUCAUCGACGCUGCUGGCAAAGUCCGCCCGCCGGCGCUGCGUUACUACCAAGGUCGACCACUCGGUUUCCCUGAGAGCGUCGCUGGGUCUUAUGACGUCUUGAAACUCCCCGAGGAUAUCUGCUUUGAGCGCUUUGGUCGCUACGGGCCUUACGGCUUCGGGUACUCUACGAGGACCGGAGGUCUUGGCACCGGGGAGCACGGUGAGAGCGAAGGCUCCGAUGACGUCUGGAGCCAGACCCCACGCGUGGACUAUCGCGAGGUCGAUUGGGCCACGGUGCAGCGCCAGUGCUUCAAGGCCAACGCUGCGCGGUUCAGCGAACUUCCCAAGAAGACACCGCAACCUCAUGGAUUUUACAUUGGUAACGGCGACUCGAAUGCUCAUGUGCGGAGAGACGUUCCAGCCAACAAUAGCACUGGACAAAGCACUCAAUUCACGAAGAGCGGAAAGGCCGAGAAGACGGGAGAAAGCAGCGUGGAGAAGAAGGCGAGGACGGCAGUUGUUGUUCGAUGCUGGGACGAAUACCUUUUCCGGGAGGACGACAUUGCCAACCUCCGCUCUAUGAUCUCGGAGCUCUCGUUGGGCUCUGGCGGACGAUACGAUGUCCACCUUCUCGUCCAGGUUCGAAACGAUGCCCAUCACCCCAUCUGGGCAGACCACGAGGCGUACGAGCAACGGAUACGUGACAGCAUCCCCAAGGAGUUUCAGGGACUGGUUACGUUGUGGACCGAGACCCAGAUGCUGUCGCUGUACCAGGGCAUCUACGACCUCUGGAGCCGCGGACCGGAGCUUCCAGUACAUGGAGUCUACCGUGGCUUGUCUAUGGCGAUGCAGUACUUUGCCUACAUGCAUCCAGAGUAUGAAUACUUCUGGCAGUGGGAGAUGGACAUUCGCUACACUGGCAGCUACUACGACUUUGUUACUAAGCUCGAAGAAUGGUCCAAGGCGCAGCCCCGAAAGGGUCUGUGGGAGCGCAGCUCCAGGUUCUACUUCCCCACGAUUCACGGCUCCUGGGAAGAUUUCUCUCAGAUGUCACGCGUUCAGAGUGAAAUGGGUGUCGUCGGGUCCGACAAUGUCUGGAAGAAGAUGCCUGGCGUCAAGGAUCCGGAGGACGCCGCCAAAGCCAAGGGCAAGGCUGUUUGGGGUCCUGUCCGGCCGUCAGAUCAGAACGACUGGUUUGACGUGGAGCACGAUCCUGUGCCCAAGACGCCGUAUGAGGGAGACCGCUACCAGUGGGGUGUUGGGGAAGAGGCUGAUUACAUCUCGCUGAAUCCCAUCUUCGACCCUGAUGGUACGACGUGGCAGCUCAAGGACGACAUCACUGGCUUCAACAGGUCGCACCCCAUGCCUCCCCGCCGUGCGUCCAUCAUUACUACAUCGCGCAUGUCUCGUCGCCUACUCAUGACGAUGCACCGCAUGACCGCCUACAAGAAGCAGUUUGCCUUCCCCGAGAUGUGGCCCGCGACGGUGGCUCUACAGCACGGCUACAAGGCCGUAUAUGCACCGCACCCCAUGUACGUGGACAGGAGGUGGCCGGUCGACUUCAUGGCGCAAACGUACAAUGGCGGCCAUGAUGGCACGGCCGGCGGCUCACGCACCAGCAUCUACGGCGAGCGCGAGCACAACAUGCACGGACUGAGCUGGUUCUACAACUCGGGUUUCGCGCCGAACCUGUACCGCCGCUGGCUGGGCCUCAAGGUCAACAACGACGGCGGCGACGAGUUCGAGAGGACAGAGGAUCAGAGCAAGCAAGGCGGCUCCGGACCCAGCAGCAUGCCCGGCGGCGAAGGGCGGAUGUGCUUGCCGCCGAUGCUGCUGCAUCCCGUCAAGGAUGUAGAGCUGCCUGUUGAGGCUGCUCCGGCCGAGAGCACAGAGAGCGCCAUGCCUGAAUCGGACCCUACUGCGUAA